AUGAAGAUCAUCGACAAACACGAAAGAGACGCCCACGCCAUGCACGUGGCCACCGAGGGUCUCAAGGGACUCUUUUACGGUGGUGUUCUUUCAUUGGGUAUCUACAACUUCUUGAAGUACCGCCAACCAGCCCGUUUUGCCAGAUUCAACACUUCCAUUAAAGCCUGUAUUAUCAUCAUGCCUACCAUUUCGCUCGGAGCUUUCUAUGCUGACGAGGGUUCGGUGGAGUUUGACCGUAAGAUGUACUCGUCUGGAUAUGCAGACAAGAAGAUGUUAGAGCAAUAUUCCAAGUGGAAGGAGAUGCCAUUUUCCGAUAAGUUGGUGCAUUCAUUGAGCACACACAAGUACAAGAUCAUCUUGACGUCAUGGAUUGCUUCCAUGUGGGGUUCAUGGGUGUACGUUAACCGUGACAAGGUCAUGACAGGCCCACAAAAAAUCGUUCAGGCUAGAAUGUACGCACAGGCUAUCACCAUUGUUCUUCUUUUGAGUACCAUCGUGUUGGCAAUGAAGGAGGAGGAACUUAACAAGGACAAGCCAGCACCAAUUCCUGAAUGGAAGCGGGUGUUGAAGGAGAGAGAAGACGCCGAAAAGGAGUUGUCUUCGCGUGUGACCGAGAUGCGUCAACAGGCCGCUCCAAUCGAGAUGGAGGAGAAGUAA